AUGGUAACUUCAUUUAACAAUAGAACACAAACUAUUUUAAAGGUAGAUCAAGAUAACGAGGGUUUACUACAUAAGUCUAAUCUAGAAGAAGUAGAGGAAUCUAUUAAAUUAAUAGAAGAUUUCAAAUAUUAUUUAACUACAGGCCCAGCAAAUUGGCAGGAAAAUCAAAUCAUUAGGAGAUAUCAUUUGAACAAUGAAUUGGGUUUUGUUUCCUGUGUUUUUUGGAAUAAUCUAUAUUAUAUGACAGGGACUGAUAUAGUCAAAUGUUGUUUAUAUCGAAUGGAGAAAUUCGGUAGAAUUAUUGUUCAGAAGAAGAAGUUUGAAGAAGGUAUAUUCUCUGAUUUGAGAAAUUUGAAAAUUGGUACAGACGCAACUUUAGAGCAACCAAAAUCUGAAUUUCUUCAAUUUUUAUUGAAAAAUUCAUGCUUAAAGACACAAAAGAAACAAAAGGUUUUCUUUUGGUUUAGUAUACCACAUGAUAAACUUCUUUAUGACGCUAUGGAGAGAGACUUAAAAAGAGAAUCAUCUGGACAAGAGCCUACGACGAAAGCUGUCGACGAACCGGCUGUUUCUUUCAAAUUUAUUAGUAAUACUAAUAAGUCAUUUUCUCAACAAAUUUUAGGCCAUAUAGAAAUAUUUAAAGACCAAUUUGAGAAACCCAAGGCCAGCGUAUCAGAUAUUCCUCCUGGGCAUUCAUCUUCACGACUACAGACUGGAAUUCACGUUAAGAAGGAACAGGAGGCUGAGAGUCACGAUUUAGUUGGUGGAGAUUCACAAGAUAUUUCAUGUCAUGGAAAUAAUCAGCCAGUAGGUGGACAGGAAGAAUUGGAAACUACUACAGAACAAACCGUAGUACCUACUUUAACAACAAAAAAUGAAUCAUUGGACAAUCCUCAAAUAGUCAACACCGAUGUAGAUUCAGUAAUAAAUAAUGUUCAGAAUUCAGAGACGACAGAUAUUGAGAUCCCCUCUGAAUUUUUAAAUUUUGAUAUAGAAUACCCUAGAGGGUAUGAUAGUACCAAGGAUGUUAGUAAGAAGGAUGAUUCUCACGCAUUAGAUAGGGCUGUUUAUAGAGAUGGACAAGACUAUUUUAAUAUGUACUCUAUGACUUCGCCAUACGGGACCAAAGCUCGAGGAUCUAUGGCAAACAACACAUCGAAAGCCAAUGAUAAUGAGAGGCGAGAUAAUAAGAGUUUACGCGAUAUAAAACAAGAAGUGGAUCCUACGUUGAAUAACCCGUAUAAUAACAAUGAAAUGAUGACAUCUCAGGUUCUUUAUACACAACCUAAGUCUCAAACCCCUCGUUAUAAUAUGAUGCAACCGCCUGUGUCAGCAUUUAGCCCCUUUGCUCCAGAUAUCAUUGCACAGUCAUUGGAGCAGCCGUUAUUUGGGUUUGAGGGUUUAUAUUCACCACAACUUUCUUAUGGAAGAGAUGCCUCAAAGCGCUCUGAUGGUGUCCCUUCAAAUUCGAUGAUACAACCCCAAAUUCUACAGCGACCUCCUAGUGCAGCAUUGCCAAAUUCUUUUACGCCAGGGUUCAAGAAUAUGGCACCAUACCCAUGGGUUCAAUCACCAUUCUUACCUUUAGGUGCUGUAAUGGCUGGUAGCCCUUUUUUCUCCCAACGAACACCCACAUUCAUGACUAAUAAACCACGUCAGUCGUUUUCUACAAAAGUUAUGCAACCUAAAGAUACAUCAAAAGUACGUAAAAUUUCACACACAGGACCUGAAAUUGCCAUCUCGAAAUCAAAAGCUGCAUUACAAAAUAAGAUCAAGGAAAACGCUAAACAAUUACAAGCCCAGAUCCAAAAGAACCAAAGUAACACUGAAGAACUCAAAGGUUGA